UUCAGCAGUAGCUCUGUUUGCCUCCUUUAACCCUGAUUGCAAAGACAAAGUCAUCCCUGUUUUUCAGUUGUACUUUAUAGGCUAUAGAUGGGAGGAAAUCCUUCCAUAGGCAAAAAGUAAGAGACCUACCUGGUGUUGAAAAACUGGGAAAAUUAUUUCAGUGUUUUUCAUCAGCAUGAAGCUAUCAAGGGCCAUGUGGCUUUUGCUUUUGGUGAUGAUGGCGGCUUCCUGGACCCAAGUACAGGCCCAGCUCAGUGUUACCGAUGUGAUUCCAGUCCCUUGUGAUGACAGGGCUGUGGAGAAGCUCGCCCGUUUGGCUCUUUCCUACGUGAAUGAGGACAGAUCCGUGGGCUACAAAUUCACCCUCAACAGAGUCCUGAACGUCCACCUUCACGCUCAGGGUCCUGCUGGGAAGGUCUACUACCUCGACUUAGAUGUGUUGGAGACAAAAUGCCAUGUUCGGAGCCCCAGACCUUGGAAGCGCUGUGACAUCAGACCUUUCAUGGAAACACAAAUCACUGGAAACUGCAACACUACGAUUCUCCAUAUACCACAAGGAUUCUCCUACCUCUACAGUUAUGAUUGUGUUCUUAUUCCAGAUCAACCUGAGAAGCUGUUGAAGACCUGCCCAGACUGUCCAUUGCUCCUUUCAGUGGAGAGUGCAGAGGCCCUUUGGGCAGCUCAACAUACCCUCCGAAAGUACAACACCCAGAGCCCUCUGGGCUCCCACUUCCGGCUGCAGAGCAUUGCCAGAGCCUCACAGAGUGCAGCGGUGCAAGGCACUUUUGUUGAAUACACCAUCGAGGAGACAGAAUGCAGCCUUGAGCAAGAAGAUGCUGGUAUCUGUAAGCCUGCAGACCUUAACAGAGAGACAGCCGGUUUCUGCACUGGAGCAGUUUAUGGCAAUGGAAAAACUGAAACAGAUGUUCAAGUGUCUUGUGAAAUAUUCCUUGCACAGGGUGUUGGCAUGUCUAACUCUGCUGCUGGUGGUGCAGGACGUAAGCAGGUUCCCGAUGCUUUACCAGCGCAGCACGAGAAGCCACCAAACAAAGUUCCGAAAGAUCCGAAUCCUAAGGACCCUCAGCCUAGACCCUCUGACCCAGUACAAAAGGGUGAAGUUCACAAAAGUCAGAGAGUUAAGCCCACUCCAUCAUUCCAGACACCCAUUGUCCUCGAAGACCCCAACACACCCAGCCCUCCUGCUCCAACACUAACAAUCUCAGGCCACUCCUCGGAGUCCAGUUCAAACUCAGAGUCCUCAGAGUCCUUUGAGGAACUGGGAACUAUCAUUGCGAGGCCACCUCAGGAUUUCCGGUACAAGUUCUUUCGCCCGAAGAGACAGGCAUCACCCAGCCAGAGGCCUGAGCAUAUCCCAGAAUUCCUGUCGGUCUUCCCCAGUGCACCUUCCCCUUUCCGCUCUUGUCCAGGAGCACCUCGUUACACCACAGCAUAGAAAUCUUGAGUCACAGGGCCAGAGUUUUUCUUUCCUUAUGUCCUUCCAAUUUAUGUCAUAGGCUGCUGAGAGGAUGCACAGGGUAAGA